AAUGUACUCUAGAGUCUAGAAACCAGUCCAAUUCCUCUCCAUUUUUUUCUCUCCAUUUCCUUUCUUCUUCCUAUCUACACUCUAAACAAUUUUGUCUAAACUGCGGCGCACAUCAGAGGACUUUAGUCGUGAUGAAUCGUUCGAAAAUAACCAAAUUAACUACUUUGGUCCCGCCAACAGAGAGUAAACCCUUCUCCUACCCACCAUCUCCAAGUCAUCUACCCUCCGCUUUACAACAGUACAUCAAUUCAGACCACCCUUCACACGGCCAAAAGGUCCAUUCGCACAUCCUAAAAACUGGUGUCAAACCUAAUAUCAAUAUCUCCAUCAAGCUCCUGAUUCUGUACAUCAAAUCAUCAUCCAUCACUUAUGCACGCCAGGUGUUUGAUGGAUUGCCCCAACUAACACUCUCGGCUUAUAACUACAUGCUUUCUGGGUACAUAAGGAAUGGGCUAGUCCAAGAAUCUUAUGAUUUAGUUAGAAAACAGAGUUUUUCUGGUGAAAAAGCUGAUGGGUUCACAUUUUCGAUGAUCUUGAAAGGCUCAACUUGUUUGGAUGUUGCAGGAUUGCAAGGUUUCUUGGUACCGACACAGGUUCACACUCAGAUUUUAAGGUCUGGGGUUGAAGGUGAUGGUGUUCUUUAUACAGUGUUGGUCGACUCGUACGUCAAGAACAGAAGGCUACACUAUGCCCGAAGAGUGUUUGAUUUGAUGCGGGAAGACAACUUUGUUUGCUCUACCUCAAUGAUUACCGGUUAUAUGAAUCAAGGAAACAUGGAUGAUGCAGAAGAUGUGUUCAAGAAAACGCUCACAAAAGACGAGGUUGUUUUCAAUGCAAUGAUUGAAGGCUAUAGCAAAUCCAUCAAAACUGCCAAAAGAGCAAUUGAGUUGUACAUCCACAUGAAAAGAUUGGGAUUUAACCCCACAGUUUCCACAUUUGCAAGCCUGACCGGGGCUUGCUCUGCUCUAGUUGCGUUUGAAGUCGGUCAGCAAGUCCAAGGGCAAGUAGUUAAGACUAACUUCUUUCAACACAUAAAGAUCGGGAGUGCUUUGAUUGACAUGUUUUCGAAAUGCGGCCAAACUGAGGCAGCAAGAAGUGUUUUUGACCACAUGCCUGAAACAAAUGUCUUUUCAUGGACUUCAAUGAUUGAUGGGUAUGGGAAGAACGGGUAUCCAAACGAAGCUCUUGUUCUGUUUGAUGAAAUGCUCAUAAGCCAUCAUCUGAAACCUAACUAUGUUACAUUCUUAAGUGCUCUCUCAGCAUGUUCACAUUCCGGGCUAGUAUCCAAAGGGAUGUCCAUCUUUGCAAGGAUGACGAAGGACUAUUCGAUGAAGCCAAGGAUGGAGCACUAUGCAUGCAUGGUUGAUUUGUUGGGCCGGGAUGGAAGUCUAAACCAGGCUUUGCAGUUUAUCAUAGAUAUGCCCGAGAAGCCCAACUCUGAUGUUUGGGCUGCAUUGCUUAGCUCUGGAAGACUACACGGAGAUGUGGAGAUCACUAACUUAGCUGCUAACGAACUGUUCAAUGUAAGCGGGGAUGGUCGGCCCGGUGCAUAUGUUGCGCUAUCAAAUACUUUUGCGGAGGCGGGGAAAUGGGAUGGUGUGGGUGAGGUUAGAGCGUUGAUGAAGUCGCGUGGGAUAUCCAAAGGUACGGGGUUCAGUUGGGUUGGGAGAGAUGGAAGCUUUCAUGAUGGGAAACAGACUUAAUUAAGGUCGAAUUUGAAGAAGAAGAAGAAGAAGAAGACUUCCGAUGUCCUGUUACUCAUGGGCAAAGAAGGAGUGAAGCCAUCUGGCUUCACAUCCUUAUUAUUGAUCGACAUCAAGGGCCAACUCAAUGACAUAGAUGCCAUGGAAAAAAUUGUAGAAAAAAAGAAAAGCGAUGGAUUCGAACCUGAUGUCUACAUAAAAGGAUCAAUAGCCAAACACUACAUUGCUGGUUGUCACAAUGAAGAAGCCGAGGCUGUAAUGAAGGAGAUGAAAGGAGGGAAUGAGAAGGAAAUCUGUUUGGUGCGCACAUUGCUACUUGCUCUCUAUGCUUCCCUUGGCAAGUGUCACGGACUUAUUCUCGAACCCGUGCGGCACUAGCAACACUCACUCAAACUAUGCUAGUCAGCCUAACUCUUGCGGAAACUAGGACACCGAUAGUGGAGAAACAGGAGAGUCGUGACACAAGGCAGAGUGUACACGAGUGUAUGGCUGCGAUUCCUGUUUGGGAACUUUGAAGAAAAUCGAAGAGGCAGAAGAGGCGUUUGAGACAUCGCUAAGAUCUCAUUUCGAAAGCUUACCAUGUUUUAUUAAGUGUGUAUGCAGAACACAAGAUGUUGGAGAAAGGGAAUGAGCUUGUGAAGAGGAUGGAACAAAACCAUUGCCCAGUGGGGCCAUUCACUUGUUAAGCUUUAUCGUAAUGCUGGAGAAGUGGAAAAGGCUGUCUCUAUACUGAAAAAUGCAGCCACAAAGGGUCAGAAAAAGCCAUUGUACAGAUCCUAUGCCACCAUCAUGGAGAAAUAUGCAGCAAAAGGCGACGUACACAACUGUGAGAAGAUGUUAUACAGUAUGAGGCCGGUGCGGUACACAUCCUGCCUUAAACAAUUUCAAACACUUCUUCAGGCAUACUCCGUAUAUAAAUGCCAGAGUUCCUGCUUAUGGAAUGAGUGAGAGAAUGAAGGCUGAUCACAUAUUUCGGAACAGAAAGUUGGCUGGCAGUCAGACAGACCGAAUUGUCGGAGAUACUGGAUUGAUUAGCUUCUGGCAAGGGAUUUAGUUGAAGGUGAAGAUGAAUAGAAUCAAAUGAUGCCCACAUGCUUUGUCAUUGGAAUAUAAUGCAUCUAAUACUUGGGGUUCUAAUAAAGAACUAGGGAUGAUCUUAAUGAGUUCUUGACAAUUCUAUUAUAUUAAGACUUGAUAAGGAUAUUGUUUGAGUGUAAUAUCUAGACAAUUGCUUUAUAUUAUCUUUGCUUUUGUAAGUUAAACCUCAUAAUGUCUUUAGACAUGAUAGAUUGAUGUGUACAUCUUUGAAAUUUAAUGAAUGAGACAUUUAUUGAGUGUUUUCAUGCAUUUAUAAUACAUGUG